AUGGCAAAACAAACCAUGGAAAAAGAUCAACAAACAAUUUUAGCUAUAGGAUAUGGUGUUAAGGAAAUGAUAGAAAAUACAAGACAGGAAUGCGAACACAUAAUGACUGACACUACAAGAAGAAAAAUUGAUAAACUGCAAGAAAUCAAUAAUAGGACAUUAUUAGAUGCCCAAAAAUGGAAUGAAUUGAACUUUUUAGAAAAACUUUUA